AUGCGUUCGUUCGCCGUAUUUGCGGUGGUGUCGCUUGCCCUAGUGGCCGGUGGCGUCCAGUGUCAUCCUCGUUCUGCGACUGACCUCGCGACGGACAUCUACCGAACGUGUUUGGCCAGUGAACACGGGCUCAAGUGUGCAAAGGUGAAAGCUCUCGCCUGGAUGGCGGCCGUAAGCGAUCAGGACGAGAUUCCACUCACUGACUCGCUGACAAUCGUUCGCACGAGCACGGAUCAGGAACAACCCUCGGAAGAACAGCCUACGAGCUCAGAACAACGUGGAAAUGGUCCUGCAAGGCUGCUGGAGCGUAUCGACGCUUUCCUUGCAACACACGCGCUUCGUAUGGUGCCUCCAGCUGCACUGCAGUCUGAGCAGGCUCGAGCUUACAUUCCGGAUGUGCUGUUGCAGGGUGGACUCGCCGAUAACCUUGUUGUGCCGCUUGCCGAAGGAAACGCCGCGGAAGGUCGUGGUUUUGUGAAGAAAGUCAUGAUUCCGUUCCUGCUCGGCAUCAAGUUCAAGUCGACCGUGUUGGUGCCACUGGCAUUGGCUCUGAUCGCGCUUAAGACGUGGAAGGCAAUGACCUUGGGUCUGCUGUCACUCGUCCUGUCCGGUGCCAUGAUGAUCUUCAAGUUCGCCAAGCCAAAGAUCGUCAACUACGAGGUCGUACACUAUCCUCAGCCACACCACGUUCAUCACGUCGAUCACCACGUCGAUCAUCACGCACCGCAUGUGCACUGGGAUGCACCUCCGGCGUGGAAAAAGCGAUCCUUGGAUGCCCACGAGAUGGCCUAUGCUGGUCAACUGUGA